ACUCAAACAGUUGGCGCUCCGUUGGUUCGAGCCACCUACUGGCGAAAAUCGUCCUAUUUGAACAAGUUUCAAGUUGCUUAAGACCAUAAGAUACGAAUAGCCGCAACCCCAAGAGUCCUGAGGAGUCUAAGUCUAUAAAAACCGCCUCAAUGUUUCACAUUACACAACUGAUUCUCAGAGACACACACUGCAAGGAGAUGCCUUAGAAAUUAUUUACCCGGCCGGCCAAGAUCUUGAGUUUAAAUCGGAACUUUUUACCUCUGAAGCGAAUUAAUAAUAUGAAGCACACGGGAGCGUAACCUAUGGAAUAUUAGCAAGUUUGUGACAUCGCUUUCCUUAGAUUUCUCUCCCACGGGACAGGAAACGGUUUCCUGCUGACGAAAGAGAUUUCAUCAUUGCCACUUAAGUACAAAUCUACCAGUUAUUUGUGAAUCUGUGCCUGAUUCCAAUCAUUAAAUGGCUGCAGCAAAUGUUGUGAUGUUCCUUGCUCUAUUAUUAACCUGGCAGAUUGUGAUCACCAAUGGGCAAGGAGAAUCUUCCAAAAAUAAUUCCAGUAGGAACUUUAUUACAGAAAAAUUAAUGACAAAUGGAAUUUCUACUCCAAGCCCACCAAGACCAAAAGCUGUGCUGCUCUUUACAGAUGGAUAUCAGAAAACAGCUAUCCCCUCAAAUAAAGAAACUGGGUCUUCAUCUCCUCCUUUGUGUAUUAAACAAACGGAAAUACGACAUGCUUUCAAAUACAUCAAUUCUGUGGUCUCCUGUAUGAUCUUUGUGGUGGGAAUCAUUGGAAAUUCUACAUUGCUCCGAAUUAUCUACAAGAAUAAAUGUAUGAGAAAUGGACCGAAUGUCUUAAUCGCCAGUCUUGCCUUGGGAGAUUUACUCUACAUCUUGAUAGACAUUCCCAUUACGGUAUACAAGCUUCUGGCUGUAGACUGGCCUUUCGGUGUUGAAGUAUGUAAGCUUGUGCCAUUUAUCCAGAAGGCAUCUGUUGGUAUCACAGUCCUCAGUCUGUGCGCACUGAGCAUUGACAGGUACCGAGCUGUAGCAUCUUGGAGCCGAAUUCAGGGAAUUGGCAUUCCCCUGAGGAAAGCAGUGGAAGUAAUAGCUAUUUGGGUCAUUUCAAUUGUUUUAGCAAUUCCAGAAGCUGUAGGAUUUAACAUGUUCUCAAUAGACUAUCGGGGAGAGAAACUGAAAGUAUGUCUACUCCAUCUAACAAAGCCAUCAGUAUUCAUGGAGUUCUACAAGAAUGUGAAAGAUUGGUGGCUAUUUGGCUUUUACUUCUGUCUGCCUCUGGCUUGCACUGGUAUAUUCUACACUCUCAUGACUUGUGAGAUGCUGAGCAGGAGGAAUGGGAUGCAAAUUGCUCUCAAUGAUCAUAUCAAACAGAGACGUGAAGUGGCUAAAACAGUCUUCUGUCUAGUGGUUGUCUUUGCUAUGUGUUGGCUCCCACUGCAUUUAAGCAGAAUUCUUAAGAAAACUAUCUAUGAUCAGCAAGACCCCCACAGAUGUGAACUCCUCAGUUUUCUUCUAGUUCUGGAUUACAUUGGGAUUAACAUGGCUUCUCUCAACUCCUGCAUAAAUCCAGUGGCAUUGUAUUUUGUGAGUCAAAAAUUCAAGAACUGCUUCAAGUCUUGCUUGUGUUGCUGGUGUCAGCGGCCAGCUCUGAGCACACCAAUGGAUGAGAGAAUGGCUGUUGUCAAAUGGAAAGCCAACAGCCAUGCAAAUGGCCUGGAUCGGAGCAGCUCACGCUUCAGUAACAAGUACAGUUCAUCAUGAGCCUUUUUUUAAAGAAAAGGAGAAAACACUUCUUGGCUCUCACUGCCACAUAGGUCAGUUUCAUACGUGAACUUGCAUUUUGUUUUGGAAGAUCCAAAGGAGAUGUCUGUCUACACAUUGUGAGUCUCUGAAUAUUUGCAGGCAUGAAUAAAGCAAAUGCUUUGACUGUGCUCUCUAUAUUCCAAUAUCAAAUGUUCAUCUUUUAUUGAUCACCUACAUAAAUGUUUAAUUGCCAUAGAGAACAAAAAUAAAAUAUAAAUAGUUUAUCCUAACGGCCAAAAGCUCUUUAAAAAGUAAGAAACUGAAAAGCAGACUUUUUUUCAUAAAGAUUCUAACCAUUAGAAGUUUAAACAAUGCUAUAUUUCCAAGAAAUUGUAGUUGCAGUUACAGAUAUCUAUGUACCAAUCACUGGGAGAUUUACCUUACUCCUAGAUGGCAUGCCCACUUUGAAUCUGUAAAAUUAGAAAUGAAGACUUUGGCCCCAGAACUAGCCGUGUCCCUUGCUAAGCUUUCCAUACAGUUAAAACACUGGCAUCAACCUGAUAUUGUGGAAAAUUGCCAUGGUAUAGAGAAUCAUAGAAUCCCUACAGUAUGGAAUCAGGCCAUUUGGCCCAACAAGUCCACACCAACCUAACAAAAAAAAAAGCAGGACAAAUCAAACCAACCAAUUAUCCAUUAGGCUAUUUUCCAUCAUCAGCAAGUUGAUGACAACAUCUGUCAAGUGCCACUUGUACAGUUCACUGAUGCUCAGUUUGGCUUAUGUCAGGGCCAUUUGGCUCUUGGCAUGCAUUACAAUCUUGGUCCAAACAUGAACAAAUAAAUUGAACUGAAUAGCGAUGUGAAAGGUGACUGCCCUUAACAUCAAGAUGGACCUUGAAUAAGCAUGGUACAAAGCAGCCCCAAGAAAACUGAAGUCAACAGAAAUCAGGAAAAAUCUCUUCCACUGGUUAGUCAUACCUAGUUCAAACAAACACGGUCAUGAUUGAUGUAAUCUAAUCAUCUCAGUCCCUAGCUAUCAGUGCAAGAAAUUCUCAGGGUUGUAUCAGCAGCCCAACUGUCUUCAGCAACUUCCUUAAUUACAUUCCUUCCAUUAUAAGGUCAGAGUAGAGGUGUCCACUGGUUAUUGCUGAAUAUUCAGUAAAACUUAUAACUCCUUGGACACUGAAGCCAUCUGUGUGAUGAGCAGCAAGACCUGGACAACAUCCAUGCUUGAGCUAAUAAAUGGCAAACAUACACAUCACACAACUUCCAAGCAAUGACCAUCUCCAAUAAGAUAGAAUCUAGCCACAUUCCCUUGACAUUAUAUUAUGAUUACUGAACCCUCAAUUUCACGUCUUGGGUUACCAUUUACGAGAAACUGAAUAGGACCAGCUAUAUAAAUAGUAUAGUUACAUCAGCAGAUCAGAGACUGGUAAUGCUGAGAUAAGUAACUCACCUCCUAACUUUCAAAGCCUAUCCACCAUCUACAAUGCCAAAUCAGAAGUGUGAUAAAUACUCUCCACUUGCCUGGAUGACUGCAGCUCAACAGUAUCAGGACAAAUCAGUCAACCUGAUCAACAACUCAUCUGUCAAUUUAAAACAGGUAUUCUCACCACAACCAACCCAAAACGGCAACAGUGCAUAUACAGAUGCACCACAGCAAUUCCAUAAGCCCCUUUUAUUAGCACUUUUCAAAACUUCUAAAAUCUAGAAGUUUAAGACAGCAAACACAUGGGAAUACCAUCCAUUAGUUCUCCUCCUAGCCACACAAAAUAAAGAUUUUGAACUAUAUCAUUAUUCCCUCGUUGUUACUCAGUCAAAAUCUUGGAACUUGCUUCCAAACAGCAGCAUAGAUGUGUCUGUACCAGAUAUACUGCAGUAGUUUAAGCAGGAGAAACUGAGCAAGUCUGGCAGCAUCUGUAGCAAAAGAAAAAGUUAAUGCUUUGGGUCAUUAGAGUGAUUUAGACAGACUUAGGCCAACAACCCCAUUACAAACUCAUGUUAAAAACAGCUAGCUAUCAUUGACAAAUUCCUUGGUUGAAAUGAAACACUUCUAAAAGUUUGAUAAACUACAUUCUUAAAGACUGAAACUAAUUUUUUUUUCCAGUUAGCAGGAACAUAAACAGGAAAAGCAUACUUACACACUGCUACUUAAGAGAGGGGUUAACCCAAUCACAAGUGUAUUGUUGUACCUGGAACAACUUAGAGAGAGAAAGGCCAUUGCUCACAAUUAAAUUACAUUUUACCCAUAUCAACUUGAUUCAAUUCUAACCAGAGAAAGUAUCCAAACAUUUUUGAACUCAAGAAGAUAACUAUUUUUCAGUCUGCAUCCUUUUAUUUUAAGAUGUUUACAGUAUACCCUUUAUUGGCAGUACUAUAUGCCCUUAACUGACAGUGUUUACCUUGCCUAAGGGGGGGGUUCACAUCCACAAAAGUCCCCUUAGAUCUGUCAAAUUGCACUGCAUGCCUGUUGUAUAUCUAUAAGCAGCUGGACAUAACAGAAAAUAUAGAGAAAAAGACCUAACACAAGUUAAUCUAGUCUUGAGUUGGACUUGCUAUGUAUCUGGAAUUUCAAAAUCUGAUUUAAACCAAGAGAAGAUGAUCAACCUGGGAAAUUAAAUGCAUCCAGAAAAUCAGCUGCAAUCAACUGGGAUGAUA